AUGGCAUCACUACUCCUCCAGGUACUAUCUCUUCCACCACUACGCCUGCUACUGCUAUCUCUACCAUCAUCUCUAGCCCUGCUGCUGCCUCUACCACCACCACUACUCCUACUGCUGCCUCUACCAUCAUCUCUAGCCCUGCUGCUGCCUCUACCACCACCACUACUCCUACUGCUGCCUCUACCAUCAUCUCUAGCCCUGCUGCUGCCUCUACCACCACCACUACUCCUACUGCUGUCUCUACCAUCAUCUCUAGCCCUGCUGCUGCAUCUACCAUCAUCUCUAGCCCUACUGCUGUGGCUGCUGCUGCGGCUACCACCACCACUACUCCUACUGCCGUCUCGACGACCACCACUUCACGCUGCUGCCGCUGCCACUAACGCCAUCACUACACCUGCUGCUACUGUCGCUACAACCAUCACUACUCCUGCUGCUGCUGUCGCUACAACCAUCACUACUCCUACUGCUGUCUCGACGACCACCACUUCACGCUGUUGCCGCUGCCACUAA